GGGAAGAUGGUGGGGACCCGCACCAGACCGUGUCUGAUUCAGGAAAGGAGAAGAAUUCUGGCAGAAGCACCUUGGUGAAGCAGAGACCUACUGUGUUCCCUGAUCUUGACAAUGACACACCACGGAUUAUGCUCAAGAGAAUCAUCCGGACCCAACCACAAGUUUCACCUCUAGCACCUCAGAUAUCUAAACAUGAAGAAACAGAAGAAGCUCGGUCAGAACUCCCAUCUAAGAGGAUUUCCAGCAUGGUGGAAAUGCAACUGCCAGACCUUGUUCCUGAGGAGACAUCUAUCACCACAUUCCAUAUGACUAGGAAGAGAAAGAAACUCAGCAUUUCUGAAUUUGAGAGAGCAGCAGACAAACGACUUCCCCAGAACCAAGCUCAGUCGACGUUGGACAGCACUACUUUGGCUCGAUCUCUUCGCAUGUCUGUUGGUUCCUUGAUCCCACCAGACACUGUCGAAAAGAGAGGCUUGCUCCGGAGGCCAAAAAAUCGCAAAGCUAUUGACAUGGAAGCUUUUGAAGGUGGAGUGGAACAGAACAUGCUGAAGAGAAAAGCACAGAACUAUCUUGUGGACUCACAAACAGCAUCUGGGAUUCAAACAGCCAUGCUGACAAGUGAUGCAGAAAUCGUGCUGAGUAACACGGAGCUCUUUGUUCAGCCUCCGUUGGAUGAACGGAGCCAAAAUAAGCUUUCUGCUCUUGAACCACAGCUAUCAGAUUCAAAAAGUUUGGCACAGAGAAGCAAGAUUUCUGAUGCAGCUCAAGAGGAAGCAAGGCUGGUGGGCCUGGUAUCCAGUGUGGGCACAAAAGAGGGAAGGACCCAAAGAUAUUCCGAGGACUUAAUCCCUGAUCGUGAGCAUGUUGACAGAAUGACUCGAGUAUCUCCAAAACCACCUGCAAACCAGCGAGAAGAUAAGCAAGAUCAUUCCCGGCAGAGUAACCCAAUGGAACAGCUUUCUGUUUCAGAAGAGGUGGUGGUUGGCACUGUUAAUAGAUGGAGCUCUUCUUUGCCAUCCAGAAGUUCAAGUAAAUGUUUGGGAUCCCCAGUCACUCUAAAGCCUAAGAGAUCUUUCAGCAUGUCUUUGAGAGAAGUUGUGUCCCAUAUAAUUGAAGACCUAGAUGUAAGCGAUACAGAAGAAGAGAUGGCUAAUACAGUGAACGAAGUGGAACAGGAAGAGAUUUUCAGAGAGGCUGCAGAGCAUCGUGCAAAUGCUGGAUAUUCUGACCGUUUGGAGAAGAAACUGACUGAAAAAGCAGAAUUGCAGAUAACUACGGCACAGGACGCCAGAGUCGAAACAGAAACGGCCCCUUCAGAAGAAGAGGCAAUAGCAGAAGGCAGUGUUGAACACCAAGGCUCUCCCAAAGCUGAACGUGAGAUUGGCACAGGUGUUGGAGCUGAAAGUCUGGGCAGGCAUUCUCCUGCUUUUUCCUCCUCUGAAAAAUCUGAGAUGAAGCCAUUAAAGGAAGCUGUUGAACAAGCAGAUGAACUACAGGACCAGGCUAUCACGGUAGAAUUGGAUGGUCUGGAAGAAGAGCCUACUGAGGAUGAAGCUGAAGACCCUGAGAGUGAAGAGGUUUCCAUGAAGACACCCGCGUUUGUCCGUGCUGCAGCCUACAAGCCACUGCUGUCAACUCCACGUCCUGCAAAACCUGCUGCUCCCAAGUCUCCCCUGCAGCCGCUGCGGGCUAAGCCAGUUCCAAAGAGCUCGGGAACGUCACGGAGGAAAACAUCUGAGCCUGAAGUACCAAGUAGUUUGAUAAAGAAGAUAUUUAGCCAUUAUGUGAAAAUGCCAGUGGCCAGAGAUGCAUUCAAAAUUGUUGAAAAAUGCUCCGAGAGAUACUUCAAGCAGCUAAGCAGCGAUCUGGAAGCUUACACCAACCAUGCAGGGAGGAAGACAGUGGAGAUGGCUGACCUAGAAGUCCUCAUGAGAAGACAAGGGCUGGUGACAGACAAGAUGCCGUUGCAUGUGCUGAUAGAGCGUCACCUCCCUAUGGAGUACAGGAAGCUCCUGAUUCCGGUUGCCGUGAGUGGAAAUAAAGUGAUCCCCUGCAAAUGAACGCGCCCCUCGGGCAGCGAUGGCCCCUGCGGGUGGGAAGAUGGCCUGCUCGCAGAGCCUGGCCGUAGGUUCCGUGUAACUGCUCCGUGAGAUGGUUUUCCACAAGUGACUAGGAGGGCAAUAAACGGGCGACGUUCUCUGGAAGCGAUGCAGGUUGUGCCGUGGCUAUCACGCCAGCCUGCUGGAUCUCACCAGCAGUUAUUACAAGUAAUUUGACUAUCCUGAAUUUUUUGUUACCUUUCAAUUCUUGUACAGCUCCGAUAAAUAAAAUAUGAUAUGUAUUCUGUGUG